AUGGGAGCUCAUAUUUUCGGAUUCAAAGUCGUUAAUGCCAUAGAUUCUGUUGCGGAUUGGCCGACAGAUGACAAAUCCGUUACCGUAGAUAGCACUUCGGUUUUCAGCAACAUACGGUCAUCGUGGCCAAUGAGGCAUCAGCCGAUGUUCAUCGUUCACCGUCAUCUGCUCACUUCAUUUUUACUUGCGGGUCUAUUCUACCUUUUCAAUUGCUUCUUCUAUAUCGUUGAUGGAGCACCCGGCGAUAGGCUAAUAUUUGCCAAUCAUAUCUCAUGCCGGUUGCUGUUUUUGAUUCAAUUGCGCUUUCUUCGUUUGGUGACGUUCAGCUGGAUGCUGGCCGAAGGCGUCUACUUGUUCCGUCUACUUCAGAGUGACAGCGCCGAUGGUGACAGGCUCACCAUCUAUAAACUGCUAUGUUGGGGCGUACCGGCGGUGAUCUCAGUGGCAUAUGGUAUUCUUCGCGAAAGUCUUGACAACGAAGGAUGCUGGGUGUCGCCUUCAGUGAAUGCCUGGAUUGAAUCUACCAUCAUCAUUCCAUGUAUUCUGGCUUUAUGCGUAAACGUAGUUCUGAUGUCGUGGAUACUGUACAUUCUUGUGAAUAAACUACGUCAUGAUCCACAUUUGGAACGAAUCCAGUACAAGACCGGAAUGGUGGACAACGAUGAGAUUAAUGGGCUUAGCCGAACCCGAAGCCGAAUUCUGUCGUCUACACCGAUUUGCAUGGGUUCAGACUACGUGAAAGAGGAGAAAACCGUUUCAUGA